AUGACAUUCUUUUGGAUAGUACUAUUACUGACAAUUACUCAACCGACUUAUCAAGUACUGUAUUCAUGCAAUUCAAGUGUCGCUUGUGGAUGUUCAUCGAAUCCAGUCUCAAUUGGCCGUAUUGUAGGUGGAGAAGCCGCUGGUGUAUCAACUUGGAGUUGGACUGUGUCAAUUCUUAUUGGUAAUGGUUACUUAUGUGGUGGAUCAAUCAUGUCAAAUUCAUGGAUCAUCACAGCAGCGCAUUGUGUAGAUACUGGCUUUGAUUUGUCGGUCACUAUUUAUGCAGGAUCCAAUAAACAAUGGUUUGGUACUCAAGUUCGAACAGUGUCACAGAUUAUUCUACAUCCUUACUAUAACAAGACCACUUUUAUCAAUGAUAUUGCUCUAUUAAAACUUGCUUCUCCACUCAAUAUGAGUGAUCAUAAUGUGAAUAGAAUCUGUAUGCCACUUGUCAGUUCAACAAUCCUAGCAUCUGUCCAAUGGCCAGCGGUUGAUACGACUGUUGUAGCAGUUGGAUGGGGCAGAUUGUCUGAGGGUGGUUCUUCAGCAACAAGUCUUCAACAAGUUACCUUGCAAACAAUAGACUAUCUAGCAUCGACUUGUACAUCAGUGAUAAGUGAUGAAAAAGUACAAUUCUGUGCUGGAGUUCCUGGAAAUACCAAAGAUGCAUGUCAAGGUGACUCCGGUGGUCCAUUGAUGAUGUUUACAUCAAGUAAUCAAUGGGUAUUAGUUGGUCUAACAAGUAAUGGUAUUGGAUGUGCACGAGCACGUUAUUCUGGUAUUUAUACUAGUGUAGCUGUUUACAAAGAUUGGAUCCAAUCCUACACAAAUGAUUCUUAUUGGCUUGUAAUGAAAUCACAUGCAAACAUGAUUUCAAUGUCCACUGUUAUUUUAUUUUUCUUCCAUGGACUAAUUCCUCUUGUAAUAUUUCGUCCAUGA